GUUCUUGUUUCGAUUGGGGAAGUCGUCUUUUGUUGAGUGAUGUGGGUGUUUUCCGCGGCGUGGAUGUGAAAGUUUCUUGUGUAAACUGUUUAUUGAAGAAAAAAAGAAUGGUUUAAGACAAAAGUAGCACAGCACAAGUUAAGUUCACAAUACAAUGUUGCUGGAUGUUAUUGGCUUUGCUUUCUGCAUUUGCAAUUUGUAGUUAAUUGCUGAAGCGCAACUGCAAGUACGCAGCGCAUUGGAGCGUUCGUGUGCCAAAUCUACAGCAACAUAAGCUAUCAAUCAGUCAGUCAGUCAUUUACAAUAUUCAUAUUCAAUUACUCACGCACUCACAUACAAACAUAAAUACCUAAAUAAAUAUUAAACGAGAUACAACAACAAUAGCAGCAGCAAAAAAUUAAAAAAAAAAAAACAAACGCAAAUGUAGCACAUCUUAGCAGCUCAGCAGCACUCGGAUUUAUUCGCAUCGAAAAUUUGUAAUUGCUCAUUGUAGUAAACAAAGAAUACAACAAAAACAAAACACCAAAGCAUCAAUGUUUUAGUUAGAGUUAUUUAUCUAGUAGUAGAAAAAAAAGUGAUCUGAAGGGAUCUUCACACUUUCGCUCGCAAAAAGUUACGGAACAUUUCAAGUAAAUCAUCAAAAAUGUACCAAAAAUCAACAGAAACUACAAUAAAAACAACAACAUUAACAACACAUGCACUAGCUAUGAAAAUGCAAAUAGAUUCCGGUGAGUCAGCAGCAAAGCAGUGCCGCCAUACCCCGACCUCGUCCACCACCACCACCACCACCAAUACACGGUGCCAUAUCUCCUGCUGGAGCACGCUCAUUGUUGCGCUCUUAGCUGCGCUUAGCACUUUCGCCAGCCAAUCUCAAGCAUUCGAUUUGGGCAAUGAAUUGAAUCUCAAGCCAACAAAGUAUACAGAAUGGACAAAGAAUGUCACGUACGUUAGCUCCACAGCUUAUAAUGCGCGUGGCAUGCAGCCACUAUACGAUAUUACACACAAAGUUAUUUGGUUCUUCACCGGCGAACAUCCACUGCCAGAAGGCUACCUCGUGGUCAAGGAUAACGAUAUUGAGUUUGGUCCGAAAGUUGAACGCAACGAAUGGAUUGAUUUAAUUAAACACUAUUGGCUAAUAUGGCUAAUUGUUUUGCUCGUUGGACUGCUAAUUGUUACAAUGCCAGUUGUUGGCCUCUGCUUUUGUUGCUGUCGCUGUGCUGGUGCUUGCGGUGGUCGCUCGGAGCCGUUUGACAAGAAACAUGACACCUGCCGCCGUGUGUUCUUGGGAUUUUUGCUCAUAGCAUUGGCAACAGGUUUACUUUUCGGUGUUAUUGUCACAUUUGCCACAAACAGUUAUAUGCAACAAGGUAUUGAGAAUAGCACAAAUCGUGUACGUGAUGGCAGCAUUGAUACCCGUAAAUUCCUCGAAGUUACAUCCGAGCAAAUCGAUCAUGUUUUAAUUACAAAUUACAAACAAUUGUCUAUACAGUUGGACAACAUUUUGCGGGAAACAUCCAGUUUCAUUAUAAAAGAGUUGGAACAGAAAUCCAUGGCAGUUUCGCUUAUUUACCUUACAGACUUUUUAGAAAAACUGCCACAGCUUAGAUUAAAGUUACAAAAAAUGAAAAACAUUACCAACGAACUGCGCGUUAAUGCCUCACAAUUGAGUGAUGGUUUGCGUGGUGUUAAACGUGAUCUGUUAAUAAUGCUUACAAAAUGUAAUAAUAAGGCAUGCCAAGAUGUGCUCAACAAAUAUGAAAUCGGCAAGCUUGAUGCUAACGGUAUACAUUAUGACCAGAUGGUAGACCGAUAUUUUCCAAAGCUGCCGGAUGUUACAAAAAUUAUCGAAAACUUAGAUAAUUUGAUAAGUAAGGACAUAGCUUCGGCUGGCAAGCGUGGACGUGAUAUGCUCAGUCAAAUGCGAGCACAUCUCAAUGAAACAAUUGGAAAAUAUACACCAGAAGUUAUUAAAUCUAUAAAUAAAGCAGGCAAUGCUUUCCAACACGCCUCAAAUGAAAUCAAAAUGGAACUUAACAAAUUGUCGCUUGUUAUAAAAGACAAUACGAAAAAGUACACUGGUGUUGCAGAUGAUUAUUUGGAUGAAUAUGGACCGUAUAGAUUCUAUUUCGGCAUUGCAGUUUGCUCUAUACUUUUGCUGAUCUUGGUUUGCUUAGUAGCUGCAUUGCUGUGUGGCAUAUGUGGCAAACGCCCAGACGGUUAUGGUGAUGAUUGCUGUAAUAAAGGCUCUGGUUCGCGUUUCUUGAUGAUGGCUGUAGCACUGAUUUUCCUAUUCAUUUCGUUGAUUGCUUUAGUAGCGCUGGCUCACUUUUUGAUCGGUCUAAUCGCCUACCGUGGCUUAUGUCUUCCAUUAAAGGACCCUCAAAACGAUGAAAUAUUCGCUCAACUUGACAACUCUAUUGACUUGAAUAAUGUGCUUUAUCCGCCACAAAAUAAGGGCAAGUUGACUUCAGGUGGUUUACCACCUUUACGCAUAUCACAUGUGAUCACCGCCUGUCAGCGUAAUCAAACCAUUUACGAAGUGUUGCAUAUACAUAAUCGCAUCGAUAUACAUGAAAUAAAUGAUUACCCAGCUCAGUAUAAGAUCAAUCAAACUUUAGAUGAUUUAGUUGCUGGUAUUUCUUUUGACGACAGCGAUGUGCUCAUACUAAGUCCAGAGGAUAAACAACGCAUACUGAGCCUCGGCGAAUCAGCAUUGAAGAAUUUUGAUUCUGCACAAUAUAUUGAUAAUCUUAACGAUACAAUCACCAAGUAUUCAUUAACCGAAAUUGCUCAACAAUUAAGCCAGACAGCAAAUAAAAUCGAAAAUAGCGAUGAUAUGAAAGAUGUACGAGUUAGUUUGCGUAAUCAGGCUUUGCAUUUGGAGACAUACGAACACAAUUUGGCGAUACCAAUGAAAAAUCAAUCAGUGGAACUUAUACGGCUAGCGGAUGAUUUGGAUCAUAGCCUACGCUAUAAGGAUCAUCCAUUCCACGAAUCCAUACCGUUGCUGGUCAAUGAGAUUGAACGUGCGCAGACGUUCUUCCGCGUAGAUGGACGUCAGUUUGUUAGGGCAACCGCAGAAAAUUUGACACACUACUUUGCAAGUGAAAUAGAGAAUUAUUUGAGAAUGGUCGUGCAGGCAGUCGAGCGGAAAAUUGGCUUAUGUGCGCCGUUAGCUAAUGUCUACGACUCUGGUAUAGUUGCACUGUGUAGUUCUGUUGUUAAUCCAUUGAAUGGUUUCUGGGCUGGCGCCGCAUUGUGUGUUGUGCUCUUUUUGCCCACCUUGAUGGUCGCGGUCAAAUUAGCAAGCUUGUACCAGAAGUCAGAUCCAUAUCCUGGUCCACUAGUCGAAUCGGAGUAUUUGUAUGACGCAUAUAGUGAACGUGAUCACAUUCCAUUGGCAAAUGGGCCAAAGAACAAGCGACGAAAGAAUAAAGACCGACGUCGCGGUCGUGAAUACUAUGAGGAACCCGUCGCUUCUACGGCGCAUGGUGUGCCACCAACUGUUGGUGUGCGUGACACUCGCUACAACGACAUGGCACCCAAACAUUGGGAUGGCGGCCCACCGAGAUACCAAAAUCCCCCAAUGGCACCACCUGCAUCCGAGUAUGAACGCCCACCGCCAUAUUAUUAUCCGGGUGCUACGGAGCAAGACUAAGUAAUACAGAUUGAGAUACAUUUUUAAAAUGUCUAUAGCAAAAACAACAACCACAACAGAAACAACAAAUAAAUAAAUAGACAACAGCGCCAUAAGCAGCACUUAGAAUAAAAUAAAGCAACAAGAAAACAUAUAAAAAAUAGCAGCAACAAUACUCCGCAGCGUGGCUAGCAGAGCUGGAGGAGGCCGAGAAGAAGGAGGAGAUGGCGUUGGCGAUGCAUGCAAUGACGCUGAAGUGGAGAAAUGGUCCCACAGAAGGGGUGUGUCUACGGCGUGUGUGGCAAUAGUAGCUGCGGUGCGCAAUGGCGCGCACAGCAUGCGUGCUGAUAGUUAUUUUGGGCGCAAUUUUCGAAAACGCAUUUUUUCUCUUUUUUCUUUGAUCUUUGAAAACUAGGAAAAUUCCACAUGCCACAGGCCACACACACACAUUUUCUACUUCUUCAAAAAUAUAAACAAACAAUCAAAAAAACGAAGCAUAUUAGCGAAUCAAAAAAAAUUAAACUCAAAAUAGUGAAAGCAAACAAUACAAAUAAUUUCUUGAUUGCGCAUAAAAAUGCUGGUUUCAAAAACCGAAAAGCGUGUGCAAUAUAAUUAAACAGACAUUCUUACAUACAUAUGUAGAAGAAAUUAUAUUUAAAAAAUGAAAGAAGAAAAACACCAGAUACAUGAGACAAAAAACGUAAACUAAAAAACAAAAACAAAACACAGCCAUUAUGCAUUCUUCAUUCCAGCGCCCCCAUAGACACAUGCAAACAUACAAUACAUACACAUAUUUAGUAGAUACUCGAAAAAUGUUCGAUAAUAUCUCAAGUAUUUUAGUUAGUUUUAUAUUGAAGUGUUAUUAAAAAAAUAAAAAAUAAAAAAAGAAAAUAUUAUAUGUGCAUAUGUAAAAUGAGACUGUAUUUGUUAGGUUUUUUUAAUGAGUUGGUUAGUGAGUGCAUGUCUCAUUAAUGAUGUAUGUAGUAGGUACUCACAACUUUUUCUUUCUUUUAGAAAAAAACAUCACAUUUGAAUUUUAUGCAUAAAA